CUGCCGCCGCCGCCGCUUCCCCCAGUCAGAGCGGAGCGAUCCGAGGCAGAGACGAAGAAACAAGAUGGCGGCCGGUGGCGAUCCGGAGCGGGACGCCGGCGAUUCGAAUUGAGCCUUCGGCCCUCGCAAGUCGGUGGCGCCCCCUCCCUCCCCCCAGAGCUCCGACCGCGGGGAGGAGGCUCUCGGCAGCCUCCCGCCGGACCCGAGUGCCCUCGCCCCCUCGCUUCUUCUCCCCCCCUCCCUCCCCUCGGCUAGCGCCCAGCGAUGCGGGGCCGGCGAGGCAGGCCGCCCAAACAUCAGCAGCCACCGGCGGUCCCCGCUCGGGUGAGCACCCCUGCUCCGCCCGCCCCGCCGGGUCCCAUUGGGGGUCUGAGGUCCCGAUUGCGGGGCAGCAGCCGGGGCAGGUGGGCGGCUUCGGCCCAGGCGACUGGGGCUGCGGGGCCCAGGUCGAGGGGGUCCGGAGCUGGCCAGGCCUCCGCCGCCUCCUCCUCCUCCAGGGGGGGCGGCAGGAGGAAGGGAGGCGGCGGCAGCAGCAGCACCCCUGGUGGGGGAGGCAGUAGCGGUAGGGGCCGGGGUAGGGCUGGAGCGGCGGCGGGGGGAGGAGGAGGCGGAGGCAGCCGGAGCAGCAGCAGCAGCCAAAGCAGGGCGGCCGCCUCGUCCAGGAGGAGCGGCGGCGGCGGCAAAGUAGUGUACGACGAUCAUGAGAGUGACGAGGAGGAAGAGGAGAGCGUGGGGUCCGACGAGGAGGAGGAGGAAGACGGCGAGGCGGAGGAGAAGCCCGACUCCGAGGAAGAGGAGGCAGUCAUGGACGACGACGACGAUUCCGAUUACCCCGAAGAGAUGGAGGACGAGGAUGAUGCCAGCUAUUGCACGGAGAGCAGCUUCAGGAGCCACAGCACCUACAGCAGUACCCCAGGUAGAAGGCGACAGAGAGUACAUCGACCACGUUCUCCAAUCCUGGAAGAAAAAGACAUCCCUUCUCUUGACUUGCCCAAAUCCUCAGAGGACUUAAUGGUGCCUAAUGAGCAUAUCAUGAAUGUUAUUGCCAUCUAUGAGGUACUGCGGAACUUUGGCACCGUUUUGCGCUUGUCCCCUUUUCGUUUUGAAGACUUCUGUGCUGCUCUAGUAAGCCAAGAACAGUGUACACUGAUGGCUGAGAUGCACAUAGUGCUUUUAAAAGCAGUUUUACGUGAAGAGGACACUUCCAAUACUACCUUUGGACCUGCUGACCUCAAAGAUAGCGUUAAUUCCACAUUAUAUUUUAUAGACGGGAUGACUUGGCCAGAGGUUUUGCGGGUAUACUGUGAGAGUGACAAGGAGUAUCAUCAUGUUCUUCCUUUUCAAGAGGCAGAGGACUACCCUUAUGGACCAGUUAAAAAUAAAAUUCAAGUUCUGCAAUUUUUAGUGGAUCAGUUUCUGACAACAAACAUUGCACGGGAGGAAUUAAUGUCAGAAGGGGUGAUACAGUAUGACGACCAUUGUAGAGUUUGUCACAAACUGGGAGACUUGCUUUGCUGUGAAACUUGCUCAGCUGUCUACCACUUAGAGUGUGUGAAACCGCCUCUUGAAGAGGUCCCAGAGGAUGAAUGGCAGUGUGAAGUUUGUGUAGCGCACAAGGUGCCUGGUGUAACAGACUGUAUUGCUGAAAUCCAAAAAAACAAACCAUACAUUCGACAUGAACCUAUUGGAUAUGAUAGAAACAGGAGGAAAUACUGGUUCCUGAACAGGAGGAUUGUUGUAGAAGAAGAUUCAGAAUGUGAAAAGCAUAAGAGAAUCUGGUACUAUAGCACAAAAGCCCAGCUGGCGGAAUUAUCUGAAUGCCUAGACAAAGAUUAUUGGGAAGCUGAUAUCUGCAAAACUCUGGAAGAAAUGCAUGAAGAAAUUCAUCGGCACAUGGACAUAACGGAAGACCUUACUAAUAAAGCACGUGGCAGCAACAAGUCUUUUCUCUCAGCAGCAAAUGAAGAAAUUAUGGAAGCCGUCAGAGGCAGAAAAGGGGAACUAUUAGAGGACAGAAGCUCAGUUGCUGAUGAAGAAAAAGCUACGGUUGAAAAUAAAGAAUGCACAGAUACUGAGAAUGGAAAAGAAGACCUUUCAAACCAACAGAUGGAGGUCAACAAAGAAAUAGUAGCAGAGGAAAAUUCUGAAAAAGGAGGAAAGGAAGAAUCAUCAGAUGUGUGUGAGGAAAACAAUUCUGGACUAUCGCUUCCUGGAAGCAGCAUCCCAGAUGUUCCUGCAGAAGAGGCUGAUCCUUCUGAAGGGAAGAACACAGUAGGAUGCGAUUCAGAAAUUUCUGAUGAUAAUAAGGCAGACAAAAACAGAGUAUCAGAAGUUCUUAAGGAUAUUUUAGAUGAAACAACUAAGGCAGUUCCUAAUCUGAACAUUGAUUUAUCUGCUGAAGCACUUUUGUCAGACCCAGAAAACAGCAGUAGCAAUGAACCAAAUUCUAUGCAGAGUGAAUCUGCGAAGAAUUCUGAUGAAGUGGAAAUCACUGAAGGAGGUUCUCAGAACUCAGAUGAUUUAGGUGAUAAAUCUAAUGGUGAGAGAAGUGACUCUCCAAACAGUGGAAUAGGCACUCCAGGUUCAACUCGAAUGGUCACUAGGUUACGAAAUCCAGAUAGCAAACUCAGUCAGCUGAAAAGUCAGCAGUUUGCUGCUGCAGCACAUGAAGCAAAUAAGCUUUUUAAAGAAGGCAAAGAGGUGCUUGUGGUUAAUUCUCAAGGGGAAAUUUCCCGAAUGAAUACCAAGAAGGAAAUAGUAAUGAAAGCAGGCAUCAGCAAUUAUUUUAAGCUGGGUCAAGAAGGGAAGUAUCGUGUCUACCAUAAUCAAUAUGCUACCAAUUCUUUUGCUCUGAAUAAACAUCAACACCGAGAAGACCAUGACAAAAGACGUCACCUUUCUCACAAGUUUUGUCUAAGUCCUGCUGGAGAGUUCAAAUGGAAUGGUUCUGUCCAUGGGUCAAAAGUUCUCACAAUAUCUACAUUAAGAUUAACAAUAAUUCAGCUAGAGAAUAACAUCCCCUCCUCAUUCCUCCAUCCCAACUGGGCUUCGCACAGAUCUAAUUGGAUCAAAGCUGUCCAGAUGUGCAGCAAACCUAGAGAAUUUGCAUUGGCUCUGGCUAUAUUGGAAUGCGCAAUUAAACCAGUUGUUAUGCUGCCCAUUUGGAGGGAGUCCUUGGGUCACACCAGGUUACGCAGAAUGACAGCGAUUGAAAGGGAAGAAAAAGAGAAGGCAAAAAAAAAGGAGAGAAAACAAGAGGAAGAAGAAACCAUGCAACAAGCAACUUGGGUGAAAUAUACCUUUCCUAUCAAACACCAGGUCUGGAAACAAAAAGGAGAAGAAUAUAGAGUAACAGGAUAUGGUGGAUGGAUAUGGAUUAGUAAAACACAUGUUCAUAGAUUUGUACCCAGAUUACCUGGAAAUACUAAUGUCAGUUAUAGAAAGUUACUACUUGCAAAGAACAAUGCUGCUAUCACAGAACAACAGCACGAAUUGGAUAAAAGGAAAAAUCCAGCAAAAGUAAAAGUAGAGCACUGUUCUUUGAAAGAUAGAAUAAAGAGGUUCCAUGAACCACAUAAAAAGGACCAAAAAGAAACUGAACAUUCUGAGACCAUGAAGAAAAGUCAGAUCAAGGAAGAAAAUGAACUAAAUGAAGAAAAAGCUGAAAUUGAUGGACAUUUUGAAAAAUCAGAUCAAGUGAAGGAAGAUGAAAAAGUAAUCUGUGAAAAUGAUAAAGACAUCAAGGAGGAACCUAUGGAAGUAGAUGAAGUGAAAAUGGAUACUUCCCCCAAAUGUGAAGAAACUCCAAUCAGUGCAGAUUUAAUAAAUGUUAGCGAAGGUUUUCACUUAAGGACAUAUUACAAAAGGAAAGUGAAAACAUCAAAAUUAGAUGGACUACUUGAAAGAAGAGUAAAACAGUUUACACUAGAGGAAAAGCAGCGAUUGGAAAGAAUGAAGCUUAAAGCUGCUUCCAAUUCCUCAGAUUGUAAAUCUCUGAGUCCACAAAGGAAUACAGAUGACCUACCAUUAGCUAAGACAGAAACAGAUGAAAAGAGAGCCCAUAUUUCAGGUACAAAACAAUCUGAAGAUCCUGUUAAAGACUGUUUGUCGUCUAACAACCUCCACUUCAAUAAAACCAGUGAAUCAGUUCAAUCCGUGUCUUGCUUGAAUAGACUUUUAGAUGAAGAAUCAGACGUCAUUUCAGGUCAGUGCUCAGAUUCUCAAUGUUUGUUAGCAGCAAAUGCUCAUGGAAGUGCUUCUGAACCAGUGGAUAUGGAAAAAAAUAAAGUGCUGAGUAAGGAGGAGGGUAAUUCAACCAUGGAACAUUCUCAAGCAAUAGACAAUAAAGAAUCAACUAAAUGCAGUGUGCUAGGGGACAAUGAAAAAAGUUCAGAGGAAAUCACAGGGCCUAAUUGUGAACAUCAUACACAGUCAGAGGGAAUUGAACAGAAUUGUGAAAAAGAGACUGCAUCUUGCAUUAAGAAAGGAAAUGAAACCUUAAAAACUGAAAAACAGGACUGUGAUUCUGUAGAAGCUUGUAAUUUAGAGGAUCAUCAUGCAGCAAAUAACACAAAUGUGAGUCUACCGAAAAGCAAGGAAGAUGCAUCUGAACCAAAGAUUUCAUUAAAUCCCAAGCAAGUCCUGGAAGGCCUAAAAUCAUUACGUACUGAGCUUAUUUCAGAGAAGGCCUUUGAAGCCCAGAUUCCUGACACGAUAGGAGAAAACAUCUUGGAUGAAAUUACACACUCUAAAAUUCCCGAAACAAAUGGUGAAAAGCUAGAGCAGGCAAAGUGUGAUCCUCCAACUUCCAUAAGCAAGUGCAUUGAUCAGAUUAAAAGCAUUGCUGAUAAAAACAAUAAUAAAAAUGGAGAACACGAUGUCCAGAUGGACGGAGGAAAGUCGGCAACGUAUCAGAUCAAUGGAAAAGAUGCUGAUUUCAAAGUACUGCCCAAUGAAGAAUGCUUAAAAAGAGAAGCUGAGAGUAACCUUGACUCUAAAGUCAAUAAUAUUAAUAAAAACAAUCUGCUAGGUAAAUCAUUUCCUUCCAAUGAAUCUGUAAAACCAUUUAUGAAUGGAGAUAUCUCUGUGGAAGAUGUGGAUGAGAGAAGACAUUCAGAAAAUGAGUUUUCUGUUCGGAGUUCUGUGGAUCCUGACUGUGAUCCUAGAGGCAGUGUUUUACCUCAGGAGGAUACAUCUCUGUCUGCUCAAGACAGUGGAAGGAAGCAACGUUCUUUUGAAAGAUCUAGUCCUAUUGAUGAGGCAUCCCUCACAGCUAUCCAUUCCUGUAAUGAGAACAGCAUAAGUAGUGAAACAGAAGGCAUGGAGAUUGAGUCAUCGUGUAUUAAGAAGGCUGCCCUCUCGCCUGUAAUUUCAUGCGAAGAAUCUAGUUUGAGUAACGACUUUGCUGAUCAGAAUGGACUGCAGACACACAGAGUUAAAAACAUCAAUGGAGAGAGUGCAGUGAAAGCGGUUGUGACAGAAGUGACCACCACGUCUACCAUUUCUACAGAAUCAAAAACCGUUUAUAAAGUGUCAGAGCUGUCAGUGGCCAAGGAGGAUAAAGAACGUGUGGUGUCAGCAGCUGAAAAUUGUUCCAUAUCCACUGUAACCACCACCACCACUACCACUGUAACAAAGCUUACCGCUCCCACAACCGAUGUUAUUUCUGUAAAAGAGCAUAGUAAAACCGUGGUUACAACGACAGUGACUGAUUCCUUGACAACCCCAAGUGGAACAUUGGUGACUUCUAUGACAGUCAGCAAGGAAUAUUCCACAAGGGACAAAGUGAAACUAAUGAAGUUUUCAAGACCUAAAAAAACUCGUUCUGGAACCGCAUUGCCAUCUUACAGAAAGUUUGUUACUAAAAGCAGCAAAAAGAGCAUAUUUGUUUUACCCAGUGAUGACUUGAAGAAGCUGGCAAGAAAAGGAGGGAUUAGAGAAGUUCCUUGUUUCAACUAUACCGCUAAGCCUGCUUUGGACAUCUGGCCUUAUCCAUCCCCAAGACCAACGUUUGGUAUCACUUGGAGGUACCGACUUCAGACUGUAAAAUCUUUGGCAGGGGUAAGCCUCAUGUUGAGGUUACUCUGGGCAUGCCUAAAGUGGGAUGACAUGGCUGCCAAACCUCCACCAGGAGGAGGAACUACGCGGACAGAAACAUCAGAAAUGGAAAUUACAACAACUGAAAUAAUCAAACGGAGAGAUGUUGGACCAUACGGGAUUCGAUCAGAGUACUGCAUACGGAAAAUUAUUUGUCCUAUUGGUGUUCCAGAGGCCCCCAAAGAAACGCCAACCCCUCAGAGGAAGGGGCUUAGAUCGAGUGCUUUGAGGCCCAAAAGGCCAGAAACACCAAAGCAAACAGGACCAGUCAUCAUUGAAACCUGGGUGGCAGAGGAGGAGUUGGAAUUAUGGGAGAUAAAAGCAUUUUCUGAAAGGGUGGAGAAGGAAAAGGCCCAGGCAGUUGAACAACAGGCUAAGGUUAGUGAACAGAAGAAGGCAGAGGAGUUCAAGGCUCAAAUGGAGGCUCAACUCAAACAGCAACGAUUGGCUGCCCAACAGAAGCGACUGGAACAACAGAAGCAGGUGCCUGUCGUGUGUGGAGCUGCUACAGCUACUACAACUAGCAGUGCUGUGACAACAGUUUCCACUCCUCAGAAAGUUGUAGUAGGCUCAUUACCACGCUCCAUGCCCAGUGGAGCCAAAGUAGUGCUGGCCACCAAAAUGGGAUCUCCAGCUACAGUAACAUUCCAGCAGAACAAGAAUUUCCACCAAACCUUUGCUACCUGGGUUAAGCAAGGCCAGCCUUCAACAGCCACCAGCACGGCUGCUACAUCAGCAACCACCAUAUCUAGCAGUGGUCAGACUUUCCAGAUUGCCAGCAGUCCAGUAACCAUGGCGGGCAAAGUGAUUACAAAGCUGCCUCUUCCUGCAAAUAGCAAAAUAGUUGCUGUUAAUGUGCCAGCUACUCAAGGAGGCGUAGUUCAGGUGCAGCAAAAAGUGUUGGGCAUCAUUCCAUCAACUACUGGAGCAAACCAACAAACAUUUACUUCAUUCCAGCCAAGGACAGCAACUGUAACUAUUAGGCCAAAUAAUACAGGAACUGUUUGUACAACAAGUGCUUCACAAAUAAUGCCUGGGACACCUCUUCGGCCUGGAAUGACGGUCAUAAGAACACCUCUUCAGCAGUCAGCUCUAGGAAAGACCAUCAUCCGAACACCUGUAGUAGUACAGCAAGGUGUUAUUCCAACCAGCCAAACACAACAAGUGGUCACCCAGAUCAUCAGAGGUCAGCCUGUGUCAACAGCCGUGUCUAGUCCUGCUACAGUUUCUGCCAGCCAAAAGGUGUCAACAACUGCAGGAAUACCUUCACAGCAUCUGCAGCCACAAGCCACUCCACCACAUCCUCCUCGGCCUCAACAGGGACAGGUGAAGCUUACCAUGGCGCAACUCACACAACUCACACAAGGACAGGGUGGCAGUCAGGGAUUAACCGUAGUAAUUCAGGGUCAGGGUCAGACAACUGGGCAGUUGCAGUUGAUUCCACAAGGUGUGACGGUAAUCCCAGGUCCAGGUCAGCAACUGAUGCAAGCCGCUAUGCCAAAUGGUACCAUUCAGCGCUUUCUGUUCACCCCAUUAUCUACUGUAGCUACAGCAGCCAGCACCACUUCUACGACAGUUUCCACCUCAAUAUCAGCUGCAGGAGAACAGAAGCAAACAUCUCUUGCACAGACCCAAACACAGCCUAUGCCAGCGCUUCCACCUGCAGAGCCCAAGCCUGCCCCUCCUCCAGUCUCAGCUCAGCCUCCAAGCAGUUCAGCUCAGACUGUGAUGCCUGCACAGACCCAGACCGGGCAGGCGCCAGGUCCAGUUGAAACCCACCCCGCCUCUGAAGCUCAGGUUCCACCUUCACUUCCAAGUCCAGCAAUCACCUCUGAAGCACAGCCACCCAGAACACAAUCCACCAUAACUCCAGCCGUGACUCAGCCCCCAUCCCCGAGCCUUGCCCAAGGGCCACCUUUAGCUCCAGUACAGAACCAAGCCCAGCCAGUUAUGCAUCUGCAGACCCCACCCAAAGGACAGUCGAUCCAGCCAACUCAGGUACAGACGGUGGCCCCACAGCAGGUUCAGAUCCAACCACAUCCAUCUGUGCAGAUCCAGACCCAGCCAUCCCAGGUCCCAACUCUGUCCCCUGCUUCAACUGUCAACCAAGUCAUGGGACCGCCUCCACGCCCUCAGCUGCAGAUUCAGCCCCCCCAGACCAAGGUCAUUACUGUGCCACAGCUUCAGCAGCAAGUCCAAGUAUUUUCCCAGCUCCCGUCCCAUAUGGUGGCCCAGAUUCAAGCUCAGCAGAGUGGCCUGCCUCAGCAGAUUAAGCUCCAGUUACCAAUUCAGAUUCAGCAGGCCAGCGCGGUGCAAACCCACCAGAUCCAGAACGUAGUAACUGUUCAAGCCAGUGUCCAAGAGCAACUGCAGAGGGUACAGCAGCUCAGAGAGCAACAGCAGAAGAAAAAACAGCAGCAUAUUGAAAUAAAACGGGAACACUCCCUUCAGGCUUCUAAUCAGAGUGAUAUUAUCCAAAAACAGGUGGUAAUGAAACACAAUGCUGUCAUAGAGCACUUAAAACAGAAAAAGACAUUAACUCCUGCUGAGCGUGAAGAGAAUCAACGAAUGAUCGUAUGCAACCAAGUCAUGAAAUAUAUUCUGGAUAAAAUAGAUAAAGAAGAAAAGCAGGCAGCUAAGAAACGAAAACGGGAAGAGAGUGUGGAACAAAAGCGCAGUAAACAGAAUGCUUCAAAACUCUCUGCUCUGCUCUUCAAACAUAAGGAACAGCUGAAAGCUGAAAUACUGAAGAAAAGAGCACUUUUGGACAAAGAUCUGCAAAUUGAAGUGCAGGAAGAACUAAAGAAAGAUCUAUGUAAAAUUAAAAGAGAAAAAGAAAAGGCCCAGGCUGCUGCAGCUGCGGCAGCCGCUGCUGCACUGUCUCCCCCUCCACCCCCGCCGCCACCACCCCCACCGCAGCCACCACCUCCACCACCUCCCAGUUCCAGUGUUCCCUCCACUGCUUCAGGCACAUCCUAUAUUUCAUCCCAUAAAAGAAAGCGAGAGGAUGAGAAGGAGUCUGCCUCUUCAAAAUCCAAGAAAAAGAAAAUGAUUUCUACUACCUCAAAGGAAACCAAGAAGGAUACAAAGCUUUACUGCAUCUGCAAGACGCCUUACGACGAGUCCAAAUUUUACAUUGGCUGUGACCGAUGUCAGAAUUGGUAUCAUGGGCGCUGCGUUGGUAUUUUACAAAGUGAGGCAGAUCUCAUUGAUGAGUAUGUCUGUCCACAGUGUCAGUCGACUGAAGAUGCCAUGACAGUUCUCAGUCCUUUGACUGACAAAGAUUAUGAAGGGCUAAAGAGAGUGCUACGUUCAUUACAGGCUCACAAGAUGGCUUGGCCAUUCUUAGAACCAGUAGAUCCUAAUGAUGCUCCAGAUUAUUAUGGUGUUAUCAAAGAACCUAUGGAUCUUUCCACCAUGGAGGAAAGAAUACUGAAGCGCUACUAAAAGGUGACGGAAUUUGUGGCCGACAUGACCAAAAUAUUUGAUUGUCGUUACUACAAUCCAAGUGAUUCUCCUUUUUAUCAGUGUGCAGAGGUUCUUGAAUCCUUCUUUGUACAGACUAAAGGAUUCAAAGCAAGCAGGUCUCACAACAACAAACUACAGUCGACAGCUUCUUAAAGUUUUACGUGUUAUUGUACCACAAACCGCAAGAAUCUGGUUGCCUGGAUUUUUUUUUUAAUUGGGGAGCCAGAGCUUUUUAGUCAGGGUGUCCUGACAAGUCUUGAUGUAAACUGUGUUUUUAUCAGUCACAUCAGAUUUAUAUUCUUGGCUAAUUUUGUCCAAAGGACGAAAGAAAGAAAAUCAGCAGCAUCGUUUUCUUGUCAAGAUUGAAUGUGUUGUUGUGGCAGAAACAGGGAAACAUUUUGCUGAAGGACAGGAAAGAAAACAAGCAAGAGAAAACAAGAUAACCGUAAAAUGGGGUCAAGUUCUAACUCCAUGGAAAUGCCACAUCUGUUCUUCAGUGAAGAAGCUGGUUUAUAAAUUCCACACAGAGAACUUUAGACUGUAUUUAUUUAUUGUUGCAAAAGGACGCUUUUUUAUUGCUGCCCUCAUUUGUCAGCUGAUGAUUUCCCCCCUCUCCCCCCCCCCCUUAUAAAUCCAGUCCUGGUUGUAUGUUACCCAUUCUGUAUCUUACCAUGAUUCCUGUAGGUAAAAGUACAAGAUGACCUCUAGAUGUCUUUUCUUUCUAUGAAAGGAGCUGCUAUGUACACAUGUGCACAAACCAACUGGGAAUCAACAUUGAGUUUAUCGUUCGCGGUAGAGGAAACCAAUUAAGCUUGCAUAAGUUGGGCGGAGUGGUCAUGGACUACAGACUUUGUUGCCUUGAAUAUAAACAGUAGAAUAUCAUUUACUCUACAACGGACUGAUCUGAGUAAAAUCUAUUUGAAGGUAUCUUGUUUGUAAACAUUUGUCAGAUUCUAACUUUUUUUUUCUUUUUGUAUUAAAAAAAAUUCAAAACAUGGAUGUAUAUGAAAUAAAUAAAUGGAGAUCAUUGUUCUCUCCACAUAUGUAGGUGUCGUUUGAAUGUUCACUAACAUGUUUGUGAGGUUUGUUCUUAUGUGUAAGAUCCUCAGAGUACAGAAGGGAAACAUGGAAAAGGGAAGGAGGAACAAGCGGCCCCAAAAGUGAUUCUAUUUGUUUUCAAUUGA